AUGCUCUCUCCGCAAGGGCGCACAACGGUCGCAAUAUGGCUCCACAAAAACACAACGAUUGAUGCUAGUAAUACUCAAGUCGUACAACAUUUUGACGGAAGUGGCAGCAGUCUUACGUCUAACUUCGAUUACGAGAGAAUCUACAGACCAAAUGGAUCCCUCGCAAGAACAUUAUACCUGAAAUAUCUACAGGACGAGAAGCUGCAAAGAAUGGACAAGAGACAGUGGUACCAGUGCGGCGAGCUGGCGGAGCACGCCCAGCGGACGUUCCAGGAGCAGUCCGUGGACGAGGAGACGGCGCACUUCCUGCAGCAGGCGUCGCACAAGUCCGACUGGGUCUUCACGCAGCUCUGGCACUCGCUCGCGCGCUCCAUACUCAGCAUCUUCAUGUCGCAGACCUCCAUCAACGGGUGA